CUAAACUCUGACAUACCAAUCCUCCAUUCUCCUUUUUUUCCACUGCUUGUGACCUUAAAACUGGCCUUGAGUGGUGUCAGGGGCCCUUUCAGUGAGCGUUCAUACAGUCUGACUGUCUCACCUUCUAAAAACUUCAUUUUUAAAAACAUGUUGGACUCAGCUUCUCUCUCUUCAGACAGCUUGGAGCAUGUUUCUAUAGUUCCCCACAGUGAGUGGGCUACAUUAAGUUCUCCUUUCUUCUACAGCUGAGAGCAUCCACAUGUGACUAUUGCUCCGUAAGACUAACGGAGCCUUUAAAAUACAGACUGAAAAGCAAAGUCAGGAGCAUUCUGAUUAAGAUCAGUUCUUGGGGUGCUCUUUUUAUUUAUUUAUUUUCACUUUUCAUUUUGGAGCUGGCAGCCUGCCAAAUCUGAGAAAGAGGAAAAUCUGUUGAGGAAAGCUUUUAAUUGCUUGCCUUUGAAAAGAUGCUGUCAUUUGAAAGACUUGUCAUCCUCAUAAUACUUGUAAUUAACAGUGUCUCUCAGUCAACCUACUGAUAACCUUUGCUAUGUCCAUAGGUCCUGCAAUGCCAGAGCCCUGCUGCAGAAUCUUCAGUAUAAGAACCUUAAAUGGGAUAAGCUGUGCUCUUAGCAAUCGUGGGGAGACAUGGCCUUCCGCAGCUGGAAGUGGCUCCUCCUCUUGGGCAGGCAGGACACCUUUGCCAAGGCUUGGAGGAGCAGGAGGGGAGGAGGCCCUUCUCUGCGCUGGAAGCGCUGCAGCCAUUGGAGCGCCGGCAAGUCUCUGGACCCCGAGGUUAGAGCGUUUUUGGAGGAGAACACUGAAGUCACCAGCAGUGGGCACCUCACACCAGAAAUACGUCUGCGCCUCCUCACACCUCGCUGCAGGUUCUGGAAGGAAAAACCUGACCUGUGGCCUUACGGGGACCCGUUCUGGGCAAUUUACUGGCCAGGAGGCCAAGCCCUCUCCAGGUAUAUUUUAGAUAAUCCACGUGUUGUUAAAGGACGAUCGGUUUUGGAUCUUGGAAGUGGAUGUGGAGCAACAGCAAUAGCUGCUGUGAUGAGCGGUGCAUCGCAAGUCCUUGCUAAUGACAUUGACCCUAUUGCAGGAAUAGCAAUGAUCUUGAACUGUGAACUGAACCACUUGAAUCCCUUCCCCAUCACCAUUAAGAACAUCAUUAACUCAGAGGCUGGCAACUGGGACCUCAUUGUUCUAGGAGAUAUGUUUUACGAUGAACAGCUUGCUGAUGGUCUGCAUCACUGGCUGAGGAAAUGCAUCAGGAUACAGCAAACUGAAGUGCUGAUUGGUGACCCUGGCAGGCAUCAGUUUUUAAGCCACCGUAUUCACAGUCAGUUGCACAAAGUCAUAGAAUAUUCACUUCCCGAGUAUACUAGACAAGAGAACAAUGGAUUAACAUCAAGUAUUGUUUGGAGCUAUCAGCCCUCAGAUAGCUUGGAAAGCUGCUGAAGCUGGCUUUCUAAUGAAUUCUGUCUCACUUGGUUGGCUUUUUUAUUUUUGUAAGUGUGUAAAUUGAAAAUGGGAAUUCAACAUGAAGCACAAUGUUGAUGCAAAGUAGAUUACUGUACCUUCUCUGUAUUGAUUUUGGUCGUACUCACUGAGGCUUUUGCUCCAUCUGAGGUAAAAACUACAUGCAAACUGUCUUCAAAGGGGCCUGCUGAAGGAUAAAUCCAAAGACAAGUAACAUGGAAGAGUUUGCAUGCUUGAUGUUUUUCAUAUAUAUUCAUGUUUUGCUUUUUGACACUAUUGUGAAACGCACUGGACAUCCAGCAUAUUGCUGUGGGGGAAAAGGUGGUGCCUGAAGUACUACUGCACUGCUUUCAGAGACUGCUGCAGCUUAAUUACAAUGAAAAUUAUUGCUGUCCUUCAUAAAAUUCUCCACUAAAGUAUUAGCUCAUACUGUGCUCAAAGUGCCUUGCUCUUCUUUUAAGGUAUCUCUUCUGAAUGUCAAAGUAAUUUAUUGACUCUUUCCCCCCUUCCCCUCUAUAAUAAAACGUUUUCUCUUCAUUUAA